AUGGGGGUUUACCUAAGCACACCUAAAACUGAUAAAACAUCCGACGAUGGUGAGAAUGAGAAACUGAGAUAUGGAGUCUCAUCCAUGCAAGGAUGGCGCACAUCAAUGGAAGAUGAUCAUGCUGCUUUACUUGACUUGGACAACUCCACAUCUUUCUUUGGCGUUUAUGAUGGCCAUGGAGGGCAGGCAGUCUCUAAGUUCUGUGCCAAGUAUCUUCACCAGCAACUCCUGAAGCAGGAAGCUUAUGCUGCUGGUGAUAUUGGAACUGCUGCCCAGAAAUCUUUUCUCAGAAUGGAUGAGAUGAUGUGUGGACAACGUGGCUGGAGAGAGUUGGCUAUAUUGGGAAAUAAAAUGGAUCAAUUCAGUGGCAUGAUAGAGGGACUAAUUUGGUCACCAAAGGGUAACGAUUUAAAAGGUCUAAAUGAUAAUUGGUCUACUGAUAUUGGGAAAUAA